AUGGAUUUACUCAAGGCCUUACUCGUCACCGCUGUGGCUAUACCUGCGGCAUAUGGCCAAUUCUGUGAGCACCAAUGGCAGGGGAAGUGGGCAAAGCGCGAGGUGAACGCCGUCCAGGCGAGGGACUCUAUUGAUCCACCCGAUCUAGAGAUUAGGCCUCUCAUCGUAAAUGGACCUUCAAGAAACCGCGUCGACUUCAUUUUCCUCGGCGACGGAUAUACCUCAGAUGAGAAAGACAAGUUCUUUGCCGACGCUCAGUUCCUCGCAGAGAACAUCACAAAUGGGCACACGUUCUACGACGUAUUACCCUUGUUGAAUUUCUGGGCUGGAUUUACACCUAGUACUGAUAGCGGAAUCGGCACCGGCGGCGUGCCCAAGAAUACAGUCUACGGUCUUUACCGUGAUGGCACCGAGUUGCGGGGUGUAUACUAUGACAAGCCGGAGAUAGCACACGCCGCCUGUGACUCAACAGACACUUGCGAUUACCCUAUCCUCCUUGGGAAUGACCCGCUCUACGGGGGACUGGGUGGUGAAUUCACUGUGAUAACAUCCUCACCCACCAAUGGGCCCGCUAUUCUCCGCCACGAGCUAGGUCACUCGAUUAUCGGUGUCGGUGAAGAAUAUGAUGGCGGAGAGAUAUAUGAGGGCGUCAACUCGGCUCCAAACACAAGCGCUGUACCUUGGGAAGCGUGGUAUACUAACUCAUCCCUGGAGCCCAAGAUCCAGCGGUCCAAUAUGCCCAUACAGGCGUAUCCUUGGACACUGUUGAACACAACACAGGGCUGGAGCCAGAAUUUCACUUCCGCCGGCACGUACAACACACAUCUGGUCCAGGUUAGCUUGAGCGGCAUGACGGCUAGCAGUGACUUGCUUGUGGAGAUCGAUGGCAACGACGUCGGCUGGGAAAUAAACCCUGAAGUCGGCGUAGAUCGGUACAUCUAUAACAUGAAAGUCGACGAGGCACUAGCUCCAGGGGAACAUGAGAUCAAGGUCACGCUCCUAAAUGGAGAGAUCGAGGGAAGUGCGCAACUUUGCAACCUCGAGGUUAUUGAAUACGGAGAAGAGUUCGAUUUCGAUACGGGAUAUUAUGGAUUAUACCCAACAUUUUCUGAUUUGAAUGUGACUACCUACCGCCCUACCAACGAUCUCUGCCUGAUGCGCAGUGUCUACUCUGUAGAUUUCUGCGAAGCUUGCAUUGAAGGCUUGUGGCUCUCCCUCCUAGACUCGGUCAAAUUGAUCGAAAACUUUACGGAAAUUGUUGAACCCAAUCCGGACGGCUCGACACUGGUCAAGAUUGACCUCCUCCCGCUUGGGAAAUACAGAACAAUAAACACUACACAUGCAGAGGAGUAUGAGAUCCUCUGGUAUGGUGGUGAAGAGAAUAUAAUUCUAGAAGAUUGGACAAACAAAACGCACGCGUUCAUAGUACCUGACACCACCGAAUUUGGGAUUGAGGUUAGGUUUUGGUCGGACCAGAUUAGGUCUCCUAAUAACACUGCACUGAUCGAUAAGAGGAGAUUCAGGAUUACAGGUUAG